AUAUUCCAAUACCUGUUAUUUUAAGGUAGUUGGUUUUCCCACUCGCCUGCCGCCGGGCGAUGGCUUACAUGGCGGCGCUCCUCGCUAAAUUACCUAGCCCUAAACCCCAAUUACCCCAAUCUCGAGCUCCGGAUAUCUCCGCUUCAGAUGAAAUCCACCUUCGACGGCACCUUGCCGGCCGCGCUAGGGUUCGGUGCGAGCUCAUCGAUCCGGACGGCGGGAAACUGGUACAGCUGGUUACUCCGGCGGGGCCGCAGAGAGAGGCUCGAGUCCGAGAGGCGGCGCCGGCGUACGGCCUUCCUCGGAUCAAGCUAUCGCGGAUCGACCUGGAGUGGGUUCAUGUUUUGAGCGAGGGUUGGGCGAGCCCGCUCCGCGGCUUCAUGAGGGAAGCCGAGUUCCUCCAAACACUUCAUUUCAAUUGCCUCCGGAUGCCGGACGGAUCUUUCGUCAAUAUGUCGGUGCCGAUUGUGCUUGCUCUUGAUGAUGGGCAGAAGAGGGCGAUUGAGGGGCGAGACAGAGUCGUGCUCGUCGAUGGGAAUGACAAGUCCGUCGCUAUACUUAGAGAUAUUGAAAUUUACAAGCAUAACAAAGAAGAACGAAUCGCUAGAACCUGGGGAACAACUGCCCCAGGUCUUCCUUAUGUUGAGGAUGCCAUCAGCAAAGCUGGAAACUGGUUGAUUGGGGGAGAUCUGUCAGUUAUUGAGCCAAUUAAGUACAACGAUGGCCUUGAUAAAUAUCGUCUUUCGCCUGCAGAUCUACGCAAAGAAUUUACGAGGCGCAAUGCGGAUGCCGUGUUUGCAUUUCAGCUCCGAAAUCCUGUCCACAAUGGCCACGCAUUGCUCAUGAACGACACUCGAAGGCGUCUUCUGGAGAUGGGCUAUAAAAAUCCAAUCUUGCUUCUUCAUCCCUUGGGAGGCUACACUAAAGCAGACGAUGUUCCUCUUAUUUGGAGGAUGAAGCAACAUGAGAAGGUACUUGAGGAAGGUGUGCUUGAUCCUGAGACUACAGUUGUUGCAAUAUUUCCAUCUCCCAUGCUUUAUGCAGGCCCAACUGAGGUGCAGUGGCAUGCGAAAUCUCGGAUAAAUGCUGGCGCAAAUUUCUAUAUUGUUGGCAGAGAUCCUGCCGGCAUGAGCCACCCCAUUGAGAAGAGGGACCUCUACAAUGCCGAUCAUGGGAAGAAAGUACUUGGCUUAGCCCCCGGUCUCCAUAAACUCAACAUCCUACCAUUCAAGGUUGCCGCUUAUGACAAGACUCAGGGAAAAAUGGCUUUCUUUGACCCCUCCAGGUCCCAAGAUUUCAUCUUUAUUUCAGGCACCAAGAUGCGAAAUCUGGCAAAGAACAGAGAAAGCCCACCAGAAGGUUUCAUGUGCCCUGGCGGGUGGCAAGUUCUGUCUGAAUACUACGACGGUAAAGCUUCUGAGGAGGAUACUAAACUCCAAGAACCUGUUCAUGCUUGAGACGAGGCUUCAGGCCGCUCAAAUCCAAUAAUAAAUUGCCACUGAUAUUGUAUCUUAUUUGUGGCUGAAAUAACCUGUGUGCUUGUGUGCGGAAAAUUGUGAUCAUUACUGUUAUCUUUGUGGAUAAACCAACUUGUGCUUGCUGUAGUUGGAUUCUGCGUUGUUCGU